AUGCCUCUGACCAACAUUGUUCGUCCGGGCCGAGUGGACCCUUCGCCCGUCACCUCAACUUCCUCCCUUCGGCCCGGAGUCUCGGCCCAUUCUAGCCAGAGUGAAUUUGUGAAUUCUUUUUUUCCUCUCGACAAGAAAAAACAAAACAAAAAGCAAUUCACAUUUGCGCGGCAAUUUUAUGCCCGAAUGAGUAUGGACUACAGGGCAGCCGGAUCUUAUCGAUGA